AUUUGAAGCAUUGUUAUUAAGAUGGAGGACAAACUGGUGCUUUUGGAUUUUUGGCCAAGCUCUUAUGGGAUGAGAGUGAGGAUCGCUUUGGCUGAGAAAGGGAUCAAAUAUGAGGCCAGGGAGGAGAACUUGGCAGACAAAAGCCCCCUGCUUCUUGAGAUGAACCCACUUCACAAGAUGAUCCCUGUUUUGAUUCACAAUGGAAAACCCAUUUCUGAAUCCCUCCUCCUUCUCCAGUACAUUGAUGAGGUUUGGCAUCACACAUCUCCCUUGCUCCCCUCUGACCCAUAUCAAAGAUCCCAAGCGAGGUUUUGGGCUGACUAUAUUGACAAAAAGAUAUACAGCCUGGGCAAGAGAGUGUGGAAGGAAAAAGGGGAAAAGCAAGAGGCAACAAAGAAGGAAUUCAUGGAAGGUUUGAGAACCAUAGAAGGUGAGCUUGGAGACAAGCCUUAUUUUGGUGGAGAAGACUUUGGGUUUGUGGAUGUGGUGCUUGUUCCCCUCACCAGCUGGUUUUAUUCCUUUGAGGUCUGUGGGAAUUUCAGCAUAGAGGCUGAAUGUCCCAAGCUUGUUGGUUGGGCCAGAAGGUGCAUGGAGAGGGACAGUGUGUCCAAGUCACUUCCUCACCCUCAGAAAAUCUAUGCUUUUGUCUUGGAACUCAAGCAGAAAUAUGGGUUGUGAAUUACAGAUACCAAUCAAUCAGAAUAAGAAUUUGUCACACCCAGUUGAUUGGGUUGUUUGUGUGGUGCUUGCACUUCACUAUAUUUUUCACAUGGUGUAUUACAAUUGCAAUGAAACAUAAAUAAGUUCCCUAAAUCAUUGUUUUCUCUUAUUUGGGCUCAAUAAAAUACACAGUUGAUUGGAUCGA